UUUUGGAAAUGGGCCAACUCAAAAUGAGAACAUUUGCCUUGGUGACUUGGUCUUCUCCCAAAACAAAACCCUAGAGGAUCAUCAGUCUCAAUCUUAGGUACGAAUUCCUUCCAUUUUAAAUCGCUAUUUGUGAUUCAAAAUUGAAUGGAAAUGAACCUGGAACUUCUGUUUGAUUUUUGAUUCAUUGUUGAGUGGUUUCAUGGUAGCUCAAUCGAUUUCCCCUAACUAGUUGCUUCUAUUUAACUUUUAGGGUUACAAUAUAGAUUCAACUGAAAUUAUAGUUGUUAAAAAGGUAGGGCUUUUGUAUAGUAUAAAAAUACAAUUUACUAGGGGUUUUAGACAAGUUUUAGGCUGAUUCCAGGCUUUUUUAGGGUUGGCAUAAACAAUUUUUGGUUGGAAUUUUGUCGGCACUUGGCCUGCAAAAUGUGCCUGGGGGCUUCAAAAUGGGGCUUUUGAAGCGAGCGAGAAGACUGCGCCAGGCCUGAUAAGUGGGCCUAGGUAAGGUUGUAAGAAUUGCUAGGCGCUAGUCGGCCGGUGAGGUGUACAUGUUUUAACAAUCACCUUAUUCAACCCAUAUUUUGAAGGAGAUAGGAUUAAUUGUUGGAAUUUAUAGGUUUUGGUCAAGAAUUUCACCUAAAUUUGGCCGGAAUCACUAGACUACCCCCGAUUUUUGGCCAAUUGGGAUUGGAUUUGACCACUAAUGAUCGCCUACUGAUUAAUUGACCGACUAGUUAAAAAUUACUCGGUGAACCUGGGACUAGCGAUUAAUCGGCGACUAAUUGGAGGCUAGUCGGGAUGUUUACAACCAUGGGCCUAGGCGAGCACCAGGGGAACAAAAUGCAUGGGGAAGACUAUAUAACCGAUCUUCCUGAAAGUAUAAUCGAAACCAUACUCACAAAACUGCCAUUAAGAGAUGCUGUAAGAACGAGUGUGUUAUCUAGUAAAUGGAGGUACAAAUGGGCUACCCUUACUGAGCUUGAAUUUAAUGAUACAUGUGUAUCAGUAUCACACAUUCAUUCUAGUGCACUUGCAGCGGCCAAGCUUGUUAAAUUUGUCAAUCAGUUUCUUUUGCUUCAUGAUGGUCCUAUCAAUAGGUUCACUAUAUAUAGUUCGUACUUGCAAAGAUUCCCUUAUUUAGAUCAAUGGCUACUUUUUUUAUCAAGAAAAGAUGUUCAAGAGUUGAAUAUUGGGUUCUGUCAAGGCGACUGGUUUAGAGCACCUUCUUGUCUUUUCUCUUGUAAAAAACUAACUGCUUUGGAGCUUGUUAGAUGUGUGUUGCACCCGCCGUUGUAUUUUAAAGGGUUUCCGAAUCUGAAACAUCUUACUCUUCAACAAGUUCAUAUUACCCGUGAUGCUGUUGAAAAUCUCAUCUCGAGUUGCACGCUUCUUGAAAGUUUGACUUUGUUAUACUUUGAUAGUAGAAAACUCACCAUUCGUGCCCCGAAUCUGACGUGUUUAGUGCUAGAAGGUGAAUUUAAAGAUAUAUGUCUUGAGAACACUCCUAUGUUAGCUGUUAUAUCUGUUGCUAUGUAUAUCAACGACGAUAUUGCUCAACAUUAUGAUCAAAGUUCAAGUUGCAAUUUUGAUCAGUUUCUUGGUGGUGUACCAUCCAUUCAGAGGCUUACUGGUCACGGUUUCUUUACAAAGUAUAUGAGUAUAGGUAACACUCUAGGGGAAAUACAACCGACUUAUCGACAACUAAAGGUCAUUGAUUUGUACCAAGUAAGCUUCGAUAACCUGAAAGAAAUAAUGGUGAUUCUUCGGUUGCUAUUAAGCGCCCCUAAUCUUCAAGUGCUUCAAAUUGGGGGUUCAGCGGAUGCAUCAUUGGCAACUGACGCAGUUGAUUUGGAUUUCUGGGAUAAGGAAUGCCCGCGUGAUGCCACGUUUGAACAACUUAAAUCGGUAAAGAUGACACAAAUGUUGGGGCUCCCACACGAGAUGAGAUUCAUUGAGUUUUUGCUUGGAAAUUCACCAGUUCUUGAACUUAUGGACAUCGCUCAGAAUGUGCACGACGAAACAGAUGAAAAUCACGAUCAAAGUGAAAUGUAUACGGAGAUACUAGGGUUUGAAACUGCAUCAGCAGAAGUUGUCAUUGAAUUUACUGAAAACUAUGUGUAAAAAGAUCGCAUUUAUCGCGUCUUGUUAACCUUUAAUCAGAUUAACAUUCCUCUUACAAGAUUAA